AUGGCCAAAGGCAAGCAAGCGAGUAAGCGCAAAGCAGAAGAGACGGAGGAGUCAGACCACGAAGAACAGGCCCCAAAGCCAGCCCGUAAAACAAAGAAGGCUCGAAAGGAGGCAUCUCAGGCAGAAUCAGCCGUUGACAAUACACAACCGACGAACAAGGAACUGCCUGAGGUUAUCGAAUUCCCAGCGCGGACACCUAACACCUUCAGGUUGGCCAGUUGGAACGUUUCUGGUUUACAGGCCAGUCAAAAGAAGGGUUUCCACAGAUACAUAGAGGCAGAGGAUCCGGAUGUCAUUGUUAUUACUGAAACGAAGAUGAAUCAAAAACCAGAACUUGAAGCUCUAGAAAAGAGAUUCCCUCAUCAGUACUGGACUUUCUCGACGAAGAAGGGGUAUGCCGGAACUGCCGUCCUUUCCAAGGAGAAGCCACUGACUGUUGAGGAGACAAUUCCCAAUUAUCCUGAUGCCGAAGAGAUCAAAGGACGUAUCGUGACCUUGGAAUUCAAGACCUGUUAUUUCGUUGGCACCUACGUUGUAAAUGCUGGUGUCAACCUCAAAUUCAUGGAGGCGAAAGAAACGUGGAUGAAAUCUUUCUUCCCAUACCUUACCGAACUCGAUAUGAAAAAGCCCGUCAUUUGGGCCGGUGACCUCAACGUUGCACCCACCGCGUUAGAUCUCGCAAACCCAAAGCCCAACUGGAACAAAACACCUGGCUACACAGAGGCCGAAACAUCGGGCUUCAAGAACUUCCUUAAUCCACCAGGCGAUCCCAAAGCGCCUAAAUUUGUUGACCUCUGGAGGAAUCUCCACCCGGAAGAGCGCUCGUACACCUACUUCUCCUAUAGAUUCAACUGCCGCAGUAAAGGGAUCGGAUGGAGGAUAGAUGGCUUCGUCUUGAGUGAACGCCUUGCAAGCCGUGUCAAAAUGUGUGAAAUUCGUGGUGAAAUCUACGGAGCCUCGGACCACCUUCCAGUGGUUAUGGAAAUAGAAGGAGAGCUCUGA